AUGAGCGAGCAGAAUACCAAGCAAGAAAGCCAAUCUCCUAAAGAGGAAAUUACACAACCAGUCCCAAGACCAAUAAGCGAUGAUGAUGGGCUAGGCUUGCGUGCAAGGAAAUUAGCCAAUCGUAGCUCUUUAUUGCUUGGCAUGAGCAGCAGCAUUUCGACAGAAGAAGAAUUAGAAUCUGAAGAUAAAGACGCACAGAAGCUUGCAGAUUCUGGAAAGAGUAUAUCGAACAAGUCAAGUGAUCAAGAAGCGGCUCCUAAAUUAGCGCAAAUCCCGAAAUUACCACCAAGAACUCCAAAUCAGGCGACAGAUGCACAAUUUGACACUCCUAGGAAUUAUGGACUUGAUAGAGUUGCAGGUGAAGCAUUUGAGUUGGGAUCUCCAUCAAAAGAUCAACCUGCAGACACCUUUUCAGAUGAUGAUUAUGGUGAUGAGCAACCACUAAUUGAAAAAGUGUUGAGUAGUCUUCUUAGAGAGAGGGCUAGCGAAGUUGAUGAUGUAAUUCACAGCAUACCAGAAAAGCUUCGGGUAUCAGGAGAGGAAUGCUUGAAGAAAUUACAUUCCAGUGAUGAGCUGAUUGAGAUUCUGAGUGAGGUUGAAUCAGGGAACUUUACGAAUCCGGAUCACGAGACCGUUUUUUCUCUGAUUUUGGGCGGGUUUAAGAUAGCAGACGAAGUUGAAAAUGCAGAUAUCACAGGUUUGAAUGCUGACCUAUUCAAAAACACAAUAAAGUCACUCUCGUUGACUAAAGAGUUUAAUGAGGACCAGAUGGUAGAGGAUAUGAUGAAAAUAUGUUCAAUAUCAGGAGAAGAGUCUCCGAACCCACUUGUGUGCUAUAUCCACACUGAAAUCCACUCAAUUAAAACUUGCCUAGUUCUUGAGUUGCUUAUGAGUAGAUUUGUCACUUCGAACAGCGAGUUCGAAUUCUUGCUUCUGCGAUCGCUAGAGACCAGAAAUCCACAACUCAUCGUCAAGAAAUACAACUCUGGAGAAUUAUCAUUAGUAAAACUAAAAGAUUCGAUAGCCUCCGGCAACAUUUGGCUGGAUCUAAUCACUAAGGUAGAGAGUUCAGGUAUGGGUCCAGAACUUGUGAAAAAUAGUGUUGUUUAUGGAUUCAAAUCCUUGAUAGAUCCUUUGGUCACGUGCAUUAUUUCCCCAGAAGAUGAAAAAUUGACGGAUUUGGCAGUGCAAUCGGAUCUAUGCAAGUAUCGCAGAGAGUACUCCAUUAUUAAGGAAAAUUCCGAUGCAUUUUCUACCGAUAAUACAAUAGUCAAGGAAAGACAAACAUUGGAAUUUUUCCGUGAGGACUUGAAGAAGAAAAAGCAAUCCUAUACUGACUUGCUGAACAAUUACAAACAGCUAAAUGAAGAAAGAUUCAGCAACGACAGUACCCUAAAAAAGCUUAAAAUGGAAAACGAGGAGCUUAGGAAGAGAUUGGAUGAUGGCAAAAAGGAAUUAGGCUCUAAGCUCUCGGACUUUGAAGUUAUCAAAAUAAAUAACGAUAAGAAUGAAGAGAUAAACAAGAUGAAUGAAAACUUGAGGCACGAGAUAGCCAGGGUCAGUUCCGAAAUAGGUGAGCUCUCGUUAAAAUUGAAGAAAUAA